GAGAAUGCGGUUAUCCAAGUCGUACGGAUUGGUUCACUAUAUGGCAAAUGCUCUGUCCAGUGGAAGACAGAAGACAACUCAGCUCAAGAUGGGAAGAAGUAUCGCGGUGCAGCUGGCACUCUCGAGUUCGGACACGGGGAGUGCGUCCGGUCCUUCGAGAUUCAGCUCAUUGAUGAUGACGACUUCGAUUCCACACUGGACUUUUACGUUGUCCUGUUUGAAGGUUUGAACUGCAUCAUAGAUUCAAGUGGCAGUCGGAGUGUGGUAAUGAUCACAGACGAUGAUAUGUUUCCUUCAAAUAAGCAUGAGGAGCAGAUCAAGGAGGGAAGUGAAGACGAGUUGUAUGGAGUGGGGUGGUCUUUAUUGUUUUCCUUUAUGGGCUUUUGUUUCACCCACGUGCCGGAGAUCCGGUGGAAGACAUGCCUUUGCCUGCUGUUGUCAAUGCUUGGCAAUGCCUACUACUUGUCCACCAUAUUCCUGCGUGUGUAUUUGGUGGACACGGUGCUUGACAACAUCACUCCGGGCACUGCCGAGAAGCUCUGGUUUCCUGGCGAUCGGAACAGCACGUCUGUUGCUGUUGGGCUAGCCUGGAUUCUGCCAAAUUUCAUCCUGCUUGGCGCCGAUUAUUUUGAGAUGGCAGUCUUGGAGAUGGGAUUUUACAUUCGCUACCACCUGCGAGUGAACCUGUUCCGCAAAUACCUCAACUAUACCGAGCAGUCUCGUCAGCUGGUGCCGCUGCAGGACCUGAAGAUUAGCAUGAUGGAAGACAUCCCUGAACUGGUGUCACAAGGAUACCUCAUUAUCUUCGAGUUAUGGUCCAUGCUGGGCAAGAUUGUUUGCAUUGCAUACUUCAUGCUCCGGAAACAUCCUCACAGCGCGAUUCCCUUGUUUGCUUAUCCAAUUCUCAUCUUCAUUUACGUGCAGUGCACGUACACCCGACGCCUGUCCCUGAUGGCAAAAGAAGGCGAGGGCCAAAGUGACACGACCGGCGCCAUCAUGCAUCUGCAUACGGCACAGCGCCUGGUGAAUUAUUACAACGCGAAUGGUUACGUGGUUAGCCAGUUCGAGAACAUAUUGAGACGACAGCGCAGCCUCACCAUGGAUUUAAAGUCCUUUGAGUUCUGGAACUCCCAGCUCAUACCUUGGAUCACCCUGCUUGCCAUAGGAAAUUACAUGGCGAUGUCAUCCCGAGUGGUCCUCUCGGGAAACACUUCUCUUGGAUCUUUCCUGGCCACGAUCAAUGUUUACAAGGACUUGGGAGACCGAUUCACCACAAUCCUGCGCGGCUUUACGUCUCUGAGCAAGUCGAUUUCUCCCCUCUGCGGUCUCACUCUUCAGUUCAGCUAUCAAGUUGAUGUGUUAGACCGCAGCGAGACCUUCCAGAGACGAGAAAGGUUUGCCCUCGACUGGUUGCAGACCCGAGCUUCAACUGGAGUUUCGCCGGAUGACAUUCCGAUUGUCUUUGAGGAUGUGCAAGUGGCCUACUCCCCGUGCAUGAAUGUCGCAACUGGGGGAUUUUCGGUGCAAGCACCUCAGGGGACAAUCAUCCAGAUUGCCGGGCCUCACGAUUCUGGAAAAAGGACCAUGUUGAGCUUGAUUUGUGAUGGUCUACCGCCAUCCACUGGCGUGGUCUUGGUGUCGCCGCACUUGAACCUUCUACAUGUGCCUCAUCUUCCGCUGUUUGGAGACAGUAUGGGUGUAUUCUUCAAUCUGCACAUGAUCAGCGAUGAAUCGCAAUAUUCGCCUGAAAUUUAUGCGCGAGGCGUCCACAUCUUGCAGAAGCUGCGCCUAGACAAGCGCUGGAUCAAGGACAUGUACGAUGCCGAAGCGCAGGCGUUGCACAAGGCGUUGGAGUCCAGCCACGACGUGGCACCACACCAUACUCUGUGGUGUUACGAGGAGGGGGAAGAAGAGGAGGAGGAAGAGGAGGAGGAGGAGGUGGAUCUCCCCUGGACAAGCAAGCUGAGCACGAGCGAGAAGUGGAGAUUUCAAUUGGCGAGGGCCCUUCUUCACAAUCCGCACGUCUUGGCAAUUCAUCGGCCCGUGCAGGAGCUUGAAGGCGAGGUGAGACAGGCGGUCUUAUCAGCCCUCCAAGACUUCGUGCAGAUGAGGGGUCUGGAUAUCGAAGGCGGGCUGGACAGAACUCGGCGGCGCCCACGAACGGUGAUCUUCACAACUGGCAGCAAUGACAGGUUUGAAAUCGCGGAUUACGUAUGGCGGAUCACACCGGGCUCAGGAGUAAUCGUCGAAAAGUGUCCCUCUCGCGGCGGCAGACCGUGA